AUGAACACCAAUGCUUCCAACGAAACUAUCCACACUACAACUGCCCAUCUCUCAGCUGACGACAAUUCGAUGGACACUGGUCUGAGCACUGAUGAACUCAAUCCCACAAAGCAGGCUGUGGAUGCUGUGGAAUACGACUCAAAAGAUGUCCACAUCCCACCGCUCCACGACACCAAAUCUGUGCACCAUCAGCCUCAGUCUCCUAUAACAAGUCAGAAUGAGACCGCAAUGAACCUGACAACGAUAUCCAGACAACUCCCGUCCCCCCCCCCCAUUCAUAAGACCUCGGAGACUCGUACUUUCGGGGCACUAUACCCGGGACAGUGGGACCCACCGUCUAAAAUCUACGAUAAAGCUGAUCACCCAGACAGCCCCGAGAUUAAUCACCUACUAUAUUAUGGUCUCAGGAUUUACGAAAAAACGGAUGUUAGCCCAGAGCCACCACUAUCGACAGGAAAAAGGGCGUGGUUGUCUCCACUACCUUUCACUCCACUCACAUCACCUGUCAAGAGCAAUGAAAGUGGUCUUGGUUUCGCGAGCCACACAACAACACCCAAUGCGUUUAAAGCCACAGCUUCCUCGAACUCGCCACCUGCCAUCGGACGUCCCACUUUUGCUAAUGAGAAUCAGGCUGCCGAGGAUCCCUUCGUCGAUCUCACAACAUCUAAAGACCCACCGAGAUACGUUCCAUCUACGCUCGAAAACUUUCUCGCUAAAGAAUUUUUCAGCUCUCCACUGAUUCCGGCUUUGGAUCUCAUCAACCCACUCCCAGAGAAGGAAUGGGACCUUUUCCAUAGCAUUCUCAAAACCCACAUCGAUGUGAAAGAUUUACUAACAGCAUCUCAGUUAUUUCGUGUGUCACAAGAUUUAGCAAUGUGGUCUUAUUCCCAUCCCUUCAUUUAA